AUGUAUGAACCUCAUAGAGAACAACGCCGCCGAGGCCAUUCACUCUUCCCACCAAGAACAUCAACGCAAAGCCUUCGGAGUCAGUACAGCAGGGGUGCGAACCUUGUGCAACUGAUCGAGGACUUCCGGAAACAGGAUGACAUAUAUCUCCCAGUCCCACCAACGCCACCACCGCGGGCUCCUGGACGGCGGCGGUCGAACCGGUCGUUACUUCAACCUAUGGUCCGUUUUGCAUCGCCUCUUGAGACCACUGCACUCAGGUGGCGACCGAAGACGCCUAUGGCACCGCCUGUUACGUACGACUCAUCACGACAGCAGACUCCUAUUCUUCCUUAUGCGGUACCAGAAGAGGAGGAAAUACCUCAGCCGCCCUCGCAGGAACCAUCGCCACUCUCCGUUUACGAGGAUGCUGAAGAAGACGACCAGAGCCUAAACUUGGAUGGGUUUCCGAUGCCGCCUGAGUUUAUGAACCGGGAGUAUCUCACUCCCGUUCAUGAGGCCGAUGACUGGGUUGAUAUUGAAGAUACCACAGGCAAGGUGUACGCCUUUGAUCCUGCUCGACCGUCAGCCGAUCCGACAAGAGAUGAUGAUGAUGAAUCUGAUCUGGAGAUGCCAUUCUCCGACGACAAUACCUUGAGAGGAGAAGAUCCGCCACUCAGCAGAGCGUUUUAUGUUUAUGAAUCACGGUAUACUGGGCAGGGUGUCCUGGGCGGUUCACAUUCCGCAGCUCUAGAAAUCGUUUACGAUGCGAGGCGUCGGAGACAGUCCUUGUUUAGAUGGCUGCACGUGCAACAAGACAUGAUGAACUUCGAUGAACUCACAAAUGAAAUUUCACGUUGCCUAUCAGAAAGCGAGCAGAACGACAUCCGAAAGCUUCUUUCCGAUGUAAGAAAAGAUUACUCGAAGACUGUUCGGACCUCUAGAGAUACAACUGUGAAGCAUAUGGAGCCUGGCUACCUCCAGCUUCCUCUCCAGGACAGAGAGACGACGAAAGGGUCGCAGACAGGCAGUCGAUCGGUCACAUGGCUCUGUAUCCCUUAUUUCUCGCUUGAGGAAUACUCCGGAAUCCAGGCGACCGGGAACCCAGGAGCUUAUCCACCCCAAACGCUUCUUCAGUCGUCCUUCUCACGAAACUCUCAGAAGCGGGACAUGCAACAGGCGACGCGGCAGAUUGGUAAUGGAGACAAGAAUUUCUGCUUUCAUAUUCGCCAGCUGUGGUGCAUUGUCCUCGACAACUCACUUCUCAUCACCUGUGGUUCCAUGUCUGAGGCAACGCUACGCGGCGAAACCGUCAGCCUUGUGUCGGAGCCUGCCAGAGAUCCUACCUUGGGAGCGGAUUCCAAGAGAAUUCUCAUUCAAUACGGGGAUUCGGUGAUGUGGUCCUUCCCACUUGCGGAGUGUCAGACUUGGUUCGCCUUUAUUGCUCACUUCUCGGACUUCUGGCCCAAAACAGUGCGCUUUCAAUUCAACGGUCGCCUGCUCACGGAAAGCCGAUGGUGGAAGGUUAUGCAGUUCGCCAAGACGUCACGCAGAAAUGUUGUCAUUACAAUGGAAACUUGUCCUCCACCUCAACUCCCGCCCAGCGGCAUUUUGAAACCGAUUGGACACGCCGUGGGCAGUUCUGGAUCUCAGCCUGGGGUUGUGCUUCAGCCAGCUCCCCUUUUGCCGGGAAAGCACUUGAGUUACCCCCCAGGGCAUGGUAAGGCUCACGAAAAGUUUCACGUCUUCAGCUGGGCCGGCCCUCAUUCUACGAGUCCAACCGAUGGACCCAAUUUUAUCGCCCUCCAAAAGCAGCUUUCAGACGUGGAAGAUUUCCUAACAGCAGAGACAAAUGGGCCAGACCGCCGUGCUUACUUGGACGCCGAGGUGUCAACACGGGAUACGGUCUACGCAUAUCUGGAACAGCAAGGACUAGCUCUUCAAGAUGUGAAGAACAAGCCAUGGAAGAAACAAGAUUACGAAGAGCGCGUCGACAUCUUCAAUGCGGCGGAUUCGCUAUUCAGAUUUUUCUUGCCUCCCCUUUUUGAUGGGCCGACAACGGACAGAUUUUGGGGAGCUAUCAUGAACCUAGUCUGGGUAUCCUUAUCUGAUGACAUGGAAACCGAAAGUCAUCCACAUGCGCUUGACAAGAGGCGGCGCGAGGCAGUCUUUGCCAAUGCACCAUCAAUUCGGAAAGCCCUUCGUCAGCUAGCCCUUCCCAUCAUGGCCUUGAAGGGAAUAUUGUCUUACGCUGAGCCAACGGAUCGCCUCGAGAUCGACGUACCCGUGGACCUGAUCCGUGCCUGGUUGCAUCUGGUCAUUAGCCUGGUCUAUGCCAGUCAUGAUACGCACAUGUGGGAGGACCACCUCGACGUAGCCGAUUCCCUCGUCAAGAGUGGUAUAAAGCACAUUAUGGAGAACCUGUCAAAUCUCAAACUCCUGGAAAGGUCUUCUGUCCUUCCGUUGGAGAUUGUGUCGCUGAUCAGCUAUGAUCUCCUUUCCAACACCUCCGGAAGAUUCGCAGGCAUUAGCGAUACAUACUCAGAGUAUCUUAAGGCUUUGGAAAACGAUAUUGCGAAUGGGGCGUCGGAUGCGUCCUACCAACAGCGAAUAAACUUUCUGCGACAGGAGGUAACUGUGAUAAACCGCACGAUAGCAGCGCAAAACUUUGUUUUCAACUCUAUCCUAGCCUCAAGAGACCAGGGUUUAUCUACAAUACCAAAAACUCGCCGUCUGAACCGCAGCCAUUUUAACCGAGCAGACGGACGAGCCAACUUCCAGGACGGCCUGCGGUCUCAUUUACGCAUGGCAAGGAACAGAUAUGCGGACGACGAAGAGGGAAACCUUCUUCUGGACUCAAUCGCCGAAGUAUCGGACUUUUACAAACUCCCGUCCACGGACUCUGCCGGCUUCAGGGAUCUCCUCGCCGCUGAAUGUACCCAGUUACUGGAGCGGCGAACGAGGGAUUUUGACGAAUAUGCUGAGCAAGCCGACGUGCUUGAGCAAACUGUAAGUCUAACAUGCCAACAUGUGUUGGGCACUUGGACGAGAUUGCUGACUAGAGCCUAG